AUGACACUUGCUAAACAAUUACAAGAAUUAUCUUCGACAAAACCAACUAUUUACGAUCCAGACUCAAUAUCUGAUGAUGAAACAGCUGCAGUUGUUGUUCCAAAAUUUGCUGAUGAAAAUGAAGAAAAAUUAGAAUAUCCGUUUCCACGUAAAAAAAGUGUAUUAUUAUCUGAUGUAGAUCAACGUUAUCAAGGCAAACAAAUAUCACGACAUCUUGCAUUUGAAAAUGACAAUGAAGAUGAAAUUGAACAAGAAGACGAACCAUCAGACGAAACAAAUGAGGAAGAGUCACAAUCUGAUGAUGAAGAUGUUAUUAUUAAUGAAGAAGAAGUCGAAGAAGAAGAAGAUGUAGAUAUUGAUGGCACAGUCGUAAAACUACCGGCAGAUAUUAAUCAACAACAGAAACAUCAUUUGGAGAAUGGCGAUUCACGAACAAAAACUACCGAUCUGAAAAAAGCAGAAGCGGUUCGAAGACAGAUUUCUUUGUGGGAUUCAUUUCUUGAACUACGUAUUAAAUUACAAAAAGCAUGUAUCACUUGUAAUUGUUUACCACAAAAUUCUACUCAAAUGAAUGACGAAAAAUUAUCCCAGGUUAUGCUUGAAAAUAGUACACUUCUUCGAAAAAACAUUGCCUUAUUAUUGGCUAUUACACAAAAGUUGUCAGGUCAAUCGUCGUUAAAACGACAACGUGAAUCAGAGAAUGAAGACAUUGAUGACGAACAAUCAACUACAAAAAUGUUUAAAACUAUCUCUAAACGUCUUAGACGUGAUGUUGAUUGUGUAGAUGAUGAAAUUAAACAAGUUUAUGAUAGUUUUAUACCAUACAGGGAUGAUACUGUCCAAAAAUGGUAUGAUAAAACGCAUACUUUUACAAAGAAAAAUAAAUCGGGUAUUAUAGAUCAAUCACCAUUAACCCAGAUAAAACAGAUCAUGUCUAUUCCCGAUCGUUUAAUAAAACGUACAAAAACAUGUCGAAUUGACUAUGAUUUUGUAUCCUCAAACAAUAAUAAUGAAUCUAAUGAUGAAAUAUUUGAUGAUGGUGAUUUUUAUCAUCAACUUUUGCGUGAAUUUAUUGAACGAAAAACAGCGUCUAUCACUGAUCCAUUACAAAUUAGCAGACAUUGGGCACAAUUGAGAAAACUACGAAGUAAAUCCAAAAAGAAAGUGGAUACAAAAGCAAGUAAGGGUAGAAAAAUUCGUUAUAAUGUGCAUAAAAAAUUAGUCAAUUUCAUGGCACCUACUGAUCGCUCAACAUUUACCGAGGAUGCAAAAAAUGAUUUAUUUUCAUCAUUAUUUGGUAAACAUGAAACUGAAGCAAAAUCUAUGUGGACCGACAAUGGGAUCAGAUUAAUCUAA